AUGAAGCGCAGGAGGAUCAGCAAGGCGGCGCCGAUAGAGCUACCAGAGGAACUAAUCCACGAGAUCCUUCUCCGUCUCCCCGUCAAAUCCCUUCUCCGAUUCAAGAGCGUGAGCAAAGCCUGGCGCACAACAAUCUCCGGCGCCUUCUUCAUCCGCUCGCACCUCAACCACUCGACCUCAAAACGGGAGCAGAAUCCGUCGCUGCUCAUCAGCCCUCUCGCCCUUACUACCCGUGUCUCCCAAACCCAAGGUGAUCAGCCAUGGCCGCCGACCACCUUCUCCACCCGAAUCCGCUUCUACCAAUGGCCGCCGGAGCCAGACCGGGCCUUGGACGAUCAGGCAAGCCUCAUCCACAGCAAAGAUUACUCCGGCGAGUUCAGCUCGGUCUGCCACUUCGCCCACUGCGACGGCCUGGUGCUCCUCCCGACGAACACCAAGGUCUACCUCUUCAACCCGGCCACCAGAGACGCCAUCACGCUGCCCGAUCAAGAAAACCCCAACACGAUGCCGGUGCCACGCCGGGUCUGCCUGCCCGUGGGCCUCGGCCUGGACCCUGGCUGCGGCAGGUACAAAGUUGUCCGGCCCUUUUUCCGCUCCAGGCACCCACAAACGGACAUCUUCCUCAUGGGGACGCAAGUGUACACCGUCGGCGGCGGCGGCGACACGGCUAACUGGAGGGAAGUAGCUGAUCCUCCGUACCCUCCGUUGAAGUGGAUAACAGCCAAAUCGCUCAACGGGCAUGUCUACUGGAACAUCGAUACUUACAAUCUGAGCCCACGCCCACGCUGCCUUCUCCGCUUCAGCCUGCAGCACGAGACGUUCGGGGUCACGGCGUUCCCCGACGCCAUGGACCCCGACCUCGACGAACCUUUCCUGCUGGAGGCGGUGCGCGGGGAGCUGUUCAUGACUACUCCGGCGAGCGCGAGGCCGGGGCCGCAGCCUCUGACCUUGUUGUGGGCCUUGGUGCGAGACGACGGCAUGAUGAAUUCGCGUUGGGAGCUGCGUUACUCGAUUGACGUCUCGCACAAUUGCCGGCCGUUGGCGCUUCUUCCGGAAGGCCGGGUGAUGUUGCUGGUAAGAGGUUGUAUUGUCUACCACUACCGGCCUGACGGUAAUGAGCUGAUGGAAGUGUGUGCGUUGGAAGAGCUGAGGUACCAGCGUCGUCGAGCAGGCAGCUUUGAACGUAAUGCUGGGCGGGAUGCCUUCUUCUUCAUUGUGACAUCAUACGUGGAAAGUCUGGUUAGACUUACUGCCUAA